AGUAUUCGCUCUUGUCGUUUAUUACUCCAUGCUCGAGUUCGCUGCUCUCCUCGUCUGCCCUCCUCUACACUCUGCGGCCCGUGCGCGCGCCGCCGAUCGAUCCAGACGUCGCCGUUAGUGCCGACGUCACGGGUGGAGCGACAGUGCGAGCGUGCACCCCCACCGCCGAGGCUCCAUUCACCCAUGGCGCAGCAGACGAACCGAGCAGCGGACGCCGGCUCGCGACUAGACGGAGGUGAUGACGUACAGGCCGAAGCUCGCCUGCUGCGACUGCGAAACCCGCACCUCUCGAAGAUGGCUACCGAUCACCUCUACCAUCUGGCCCUGGCCACGGAUACAAACGACCUGCAACAUAUGUUCGGCGACGUCAAGUUCGUGUGCAUGGGCGGCACUCCGGCGCGGAUGCAGCAGUUCGCGCAGCUGGCCAAGCAUCGCCUGGGCAUCAAGCUGCCGACGGGUGCCGAGCUGUGUGACAUCAGCCACCGGUCGUAUCGCUACGCCAUGUACAAGUGCGGCCCCGUGCUGUCGGUCAGCCACGGCAUGGGCGCACCUUCCCUGUCCAUCCUGAUGCACGAGGUCCUCAAGCUGAUCCAUUAUGCGCGCUGCCAGGACGUCGUGCUCAUCCGCAUAGGCACCAGCGGUGGGAUUGGAAUCCAGCCCGGCACCGUAGUGGUCAGCACCGGAGCCGUAAAUGGCCUGCUCAAGGAAGAGGUCGAGCUGCAUAUCCUCGGUGAAGUAGUACGGCGGCCGUGUGUGCUGGACACCCAGCUGGCCAACGAGGUCGUCGCCAUGGGACGCCGCUGCAUGGCCGGCACCAACGUGGUGGCCGGGAAGACACUGAGUUCCAACGACUUUUACGAAGGGCAAGCAAGACUAGACGGCGCCUUCUGCCACUACACGGAGGACGACAAGGUCGCGUUCCUCGAGAGGCUGCGUGAGCUGGGCGUCGUCAACAUCGAGAUGGAGUCCUCGCAAUUUGCAGCCAUGUGCCACCACGCCGGAGUCAAAGGCGCGGUUCUGUGCGUCACCCUGCUGGACAGGAUCCAGGGCGACCAGGUGACUGCGUCCAAGGAUGUGAUGGCCGAGUGGCAGCAGCGGCCACAGGAGCUCGCCAUUCACUUCAUGGCACGCCAGCUGGGCGCGACCCUGUGUGCCUGAAGUGUGCGCUACCUCACCUACGACGCCUGUCGGUGCUUCCGGCCUUAUGCGAAAAAAUGAUUCUGCCAACUUUCACGGCGUGGAAUACAGUCGCCAUGUCACGUUACGUCACCCAGAAACAAAGGAACAAUGAAUGCUUAUAUCUACUGAUGUUUAUUGCUGUUUAACGAUGAAUAAUGAGAUUAACGCUACUGUUGGUUUUAACGUAUAAAGUGUUUUGUGAGCAA